AUGAAGUACCAUAGUUUGCCUUGUUACGGUCAAUCUUUUGAAGUAUAUGAAAAAUAUGCUUUUGAAAGAGAAAUCGGAAAGGGUGCAUACGGCAUAGUAUGUGCUGCUGUAAAUACAAAGACAGGUGUGUCCUGUGCUAUCAAAAAGAUCAACAAAUUAUUUGAAAGACCAAUAUUGACAAAAAGGGCCUUACGAGAAGUAAAGCUAUUGGAACAUUUUAAUGGACAUAAAAAUAUCAUUGGAUUAUAUGAUAUAGACAUUGUUGACUAUAACAACUUUAAUGAAAUUUAUCUCUAUCAGGAACUUAUGGAAGCAGAUCUUCACCAAAUCAUUCAGUCUCGUCAGCCGUUGACAGAUGAACAUUUUCAAAGCUUCAUCUACCAAGCUUGCUGUGGACUCAAAUACAUCCACAGUGCCAAUGUCUUACAUCGAGAUUUGAAACCAAGCAAUUUACUUGUCAACACAAGGUGUGAAUUAAAGAUUUGCGAUUUUGGGUUAGCUCGUGGCUACAUUGAUCCUUCAAGUGGACAGACUGAUGCAGGGUUUAUGACAGAGUAUGUUGCCACUCGAUGGUAUAGGGCACCAGAGAUCAUGUUGGGUUUCAAGAGCUAUACAAAAGCUAUUGACAUGUGGUCUGUGGGGUGUGUGUUUGCUGAAUUGCUUGGAGGAAAGCCACUAUUUAAGGGAAGACAUUUCGUAGAUCAACUAAAUCAGAUACUGUAUGUCCUUGGGACUCCUGACGACGCUACACUUAGUCGAGUGGGAAGUGAAAGGGCACAGAUAUAUAUCAAAAGCUUGGAAAAAUUCCAAAAAAUACCACUUAGUCAACUUUAUCCUAAUGCAAGCCCUACUGCGUUAGAUCUACUAGAGAAACUAUUGACGUUCGAUCCUUCAUCAAGAAUUACUGUAGAAGAAGCCUUGGAGCAUCCUUAUUUUGAAUUAUUCCAUGACCCAAACGAUGAGCCUUCUCAUUCCACCUUAUUUGACUUUUCAUUUGAGUCACUGGAUACAAUAGAAGACAUGAAAGAAACAAUUAUUGAAGAAGUUAAACACUUUAAGGCGAGAAAACAUAGUUUAAAGAUUGACAUGAAAGGGCUAAGACGCCAACAUAGGUAA